UACGUAGUUAUAGUUACUUAUAUAUAGCAGUUGUUUCAUUGGAAAAUAUUGAAAAAGUUAACAAAGAUAUGGCUACCGAACAAGAAAGAAAGGAGUUGGAUAAUAAAGCUAAGCAAGGAGAGACUGUGGUUCCUGGAGGAACUAGAGGUAAAAGCCUCGACUCCCAACAACAUCUUGCCCAAGGAAGGAGGCAAGGAGGUGAGACAAGGAAGGAGCAGCUAGGAAGUGAAGGAUAUAAGGAGAUGGGACGCAAGGGUGGCCAUGAUUCCGGCCUGCAAGGCGGACGAGACCCGGAGGUGGAGCAAGGACUCGACGUUGACGAGUCUACUGGUUGAUGUAAUUUGGACGUUGCAAAGCUUAUAUUUUACUUGCUAUAUAAACUAGCUAGCUAAUGUGGUAGUUGCUAAAUUUUCUUCCUUAAUUCUCUCAAGUAAUAAUAAAUUAUGCAAUUAGUAUGGUGAAACAAACUACAUGUCGU